UGCUAGAAGUCGUCUGCCAGAAAUCGUCUGCUAGAAGUCGUCUGCUGGAAGUCGGCGGCCCAUCGUCUGAUUCUGUGUGUCUGUGUGCGUGCGCCCGUGAUCUGCGCAGUCUGCUUUUGGACAGGUAGCCCAACUACACGUCUUUGAAUCCCGCGUCCGGGCUCGCGAUGGACCUGGCGGGCGGGCCCGUGGACUCGUCGCACAUGGCGGCGUCCCACCACGCGGCGCGCGAGAACGGCACCUGGGCCACGGAGCCCUUCAUGGAGAUCGAGGAAGGGGAGUUCGCCAAGGCCUCCUCGCCCAUACUCUUCCUCUUCGUCAGCUUCAUCCUUGGAGCCCUGGUGCGGUUCCUGCUGAAGCGGCUCAGCAUCCCGCUGCCGUACACGGUGGUGGUGUUCGUGUUCGGCGCCAUAAUGGGCCUGGUGUCGCACUACUACGAAUCCCUGCAGGUGUACACGUACCUCGCGCGCAUCGACCCCAAGCUGCUGCUCCACAUGUUCCUGCCCAUCCUCAUCUUCGAGUCGGCCUUCGCCAUGGAUGCCCACACCUUCGUGCGCUGCUUCAGCCAGUGCAUCCUCAUGGCCGUGCCGGGACUGCUAAUCUGCUCGGGGCUGACGGCCUUCCUGUCGGUGAACCUGUUUGUGAGCUACCAGUGGACGUGGCACAGCGCCCUCCUCUUCGGCUCCAUCCUCAGCGCCACGGACCCCGUCGCCGUCGUGGCCUUGCUCCGGGACGUCGGCACGUCCAAAAUCCUGACGACCAUCAUCGAUGGCGAGGCACUGCUGAACGACGGCUCAGCCAUCGUCAUCUACGAGGUCCUCAUGGAGCUGGCCAUGCCGGGAAAAAGCAUGACGGCCGCCGAAGUGGCCUGGAUGUUCUGCCGGAUCGCGUUCGGCGGGCCCCUGCUGGGCUUCAUCAUGGGCAAGAUAGCCGUGUGGUCGCUGUCCAAGGUGUUCAACGACUCGGUCAUCGAGAUCACCAUCACGCUCAGCUCCGCCUACGUGACCUACUACCUGGCCGAGAACGUCUUUUACGUGUCCGGCGUGCUGGCCGUCGUCGCCCUCGGGGUCGUCAUCAGCGCCAACAAAGUCAGCAUCAGUCCCGAGGUCGAAGAGUUUGUGCACAGCUUCUGGGAGAUGCUGUCGUACCUGGCCAACACGCUCAUCUUCAUCAUCGUGGGCGUGGUGAUCACGGAGCGCUCGCUGUCCUUCAUCGAGAAGAACGACCUGUUCCUCAUCCUCAUCACCUACAUCGGCAUCACCGUCUUCAGACUGGUGAUGAUAGGCAUCCUGAGCCCGAUUCUGACACGGCUGGGCUACGGCCUCAAGUGGCAGGACGCCGUCGUGAUGACCUGGGGAGGCCUGAGGGGUGCCGUGGGACUGGCCCUGGCGCUGUCGGUCGCCGAGAGCCGCUACAUCAACCGGGAAACCAUCGGCAACAAGAUCCUGAUCCAAGUGUCGGGAAUCGUCAUCUUGACCCUUCUCGUGAACGCCACCACCACCAACUUCCUCCUAAGGAUAUUGGGCAUGAAUGCCCUGUCCCCCUGGAAGCGGUCCAACAUGGCCAACGCCGUGCGGCACCUGCGCGAGGUGCAGAAGCGGGCCCUGCAGGUGCACCAGGAGGACGUGUUCCUCACCGACGCCGACUGGAAGUACGUGGACAACUACACCGCCAUCGGGAAUCCCUACGACCCCAAGGACGCGGACCACCCGGAGCAGCCGCCCGAGGAGAACGGGGACGUGCCCAACGGCGCCCUGCCGGCGUACAUGUUCCGCAAGCUGAGCCACAUGUCCCUGUGCCCGGACUGCUCGGAGCACCACCUGUGCCAGCCCUCGCAGCAGGAGAAGGACGAGAUGCUCAAUGAGGCACGCAUCCGCAUGAUCUCCGCCCAGAAGGUACACUACUGGCGACAGUUCGAGAGCGGUCUGCUGCUUCGGGAAAGUGCGUCGGUUCUGAACUCUGCUGCUGAUGCUGUUGCUGACAAAGCGGGAACGUUCAUAACCGUGGCAGAGUUGCGCAAGAACUGGGAGAUCAACCGAGUCUACAAGUGGCUGCAAGACCACUUGGUGGAGCCCGUGACGGAGAAGAACAACUACACCAAGUCCCGCUGGCAGAAGAAGAUGCCCGAGCAGCGCUGGCGCAAGCCCUUCUACUCGGCCACGCACCACACCGCCUUCAACUUCGUGCUCAGCCUGCUCCUCGUCGCCGACGUGGCCUGCACCGUGGCCGAGCUGGUGCUCCGACUGGGCGAGUGCGGGCGCUGCUACGCUACCACCGUGUUACGCUGGACCAACCUGGGCUUCGUCACCUUCUACUUCUUCGAGCUCGUCUUCAAGCUCUUGGGCCGUGGCCUGCGUGCCCACUUCCACAGCUACUGGAACGUGCUGGACUUCGUGGUGCUGUGGGUGUCCAUCGCGUCGGCGGCCAUCGAGAUCGAGAUGGAGCUGUCCGACUCCUGGUACUCGGAGUACAUCGUGCUGCUCCGCCUCUGCAGGCUCUUCAGGCUCAUGCACUUCAAGAGACUGCUCAGGCUCUUCCUGCCAGUGGGCACCAAGGUGGCAGACGUGGUAAACCACCGGGUGAACGAGCAGCUGACGGCUGGCUACGACAUCGGCCGGGGCUUCAUGAUGGGCCAGUACGAGGUGGGAAAGUUCCUGGAUCAGAUGGUCGACUACCAGCCAAUCGCGGAUCGGCUCAAGAAGAUCUGCGGCGACAGCAGGCUCGAGAUCCUUCGCGAGCUUGCGGCCCUCCAGGACAAGUACCCCAAGGUGGCGGUGGCGGUGAAGACUCGACGGGCGGUGAGACACGUGCUCAACUCGACCAGGGACGAGCUCAUAGAGCUGAAGGAAGCCGGCAUGCUGGACGACGGCGUCUUCCACUCCCUCCUCCAGGAGAUUGAGGAGAAGAUGAUGCGUCUCCACUCGGCGCCGACGAGCAUCGUACCCGCUCCUCCGACCGAGCUGCUCAAGAACGUCAACUGGAUCAAGGGCAACGAGGAACUCUUCAACUACUUCCAGGAGAAGGUGAUCUUGCAGAGCUACCCAUCGGGCUGGAGCCUGGGCAAGGAAGGCGAAGAGCCAAAUGGAAUCUACGUCAUCGUCUGCGGUGUUGUCAAGAUCGAAGGCACGGUGACCGAGAAAGACGGCGGCAGCCUGCCCAACACGGACUCGUACCACUGGUUCAUGAGCCAGGGCCACCUCCAAGACCUGCUCACCGUGGGAGCAGUCCUGGGUGAACUCGGGGUGCUCACCAAGAAGUCCCGUCAGACGAGGGCCACGUGCGAGACUGACGUCAGGGCCUUCCAUGUGCCUCAGAGCGUGAUGCUGGAGGCGAUUCAGCGCUUCAGCCGACACCCGUCUCUAGAAUACCGCCUCUGGCGAAGCUGCGCUCUCAAGGUGGCAAGAAGCGUACUGAGCGUCGAGCCAAAAUACGAGAACUGGUCCCCGAACAAGCUGAUGAUGCACCUGGACCAUGCCUUCCUGCCGGACCUGAGCACGGUCAACAGCUACCUGGUGCGCCCCAGCAUGACGGACGUCAUCCUGGUCCAGGGGGUGGCCACCGACGUGAACAACGCCGACGAGUUCUUGGGACCCGUCUACAUCCCGAGCACAGUGUACUCCAUUACUCUGAGGAAAAAUGUUUACAACGACCGGACAAUCUUGGUGAUAGUGGGCGACGAGAACUUCACGCCGGAUCCCAACCUGGACUGGUCCGGCACCAGCCAGCGAAGGGGCAGCAUCAUGAACAACUUCGGCCUCUGCCUGUUGCACGACGUCCGGAGGCGGCAGUCUGUGCUGCUCGAUGAAGACAACCCCAGAGGGCGCUCGUGGUCCGACAACUUCCGCAAGCGGUUCUUGUCCAAUGCGGACUCGACGCUGCAGCUGACGCCGGGCAAGCGUCGUCUGUCCAUGUUCAGCACCGGCGAGAAGUCGGGCAUCGACAACCCUUCCUUCGUCACAGAAAAGCCGGAUUUCCAGAAUGAGACCAAACCGAGGUCUUGGACGGACAAGUUCCGGGUGCGGUUCGGACCAACCGAGCUCAUGGCGCCCGGCAGUGGUGGCGGUGGCAUGCCAGACCGAGCGAACCGGCGCAUGUCCAUGUUCAGCCGCAUGGAGAGGAUCAACAGCUAUGGCAACGUUACCGAGUUGCAGGACAAUGGAAACGGAGAAUCGAAGCCGGCGGAGCAACAAAACGGCAACACGGCUGACGACACCACAAAGAAAGUGCCCGAGAUUGUGUUCAGCCAUUUCUGAGUGUGCCGCGAAAACAAACUCUAGUGACUUGCACGACGAAGGCUGCAAGCUACACCAACAAUGCAACGCAGUGUCUACGAGCAGUGACUAAGAGACAAGCUUUGACUUGGGCUUCGAGGCCGAAAGACUGCCGAUGCCACGAGGGGGAGCCAUUGGACAGGGGCGUCACCAGUCACGUCAUCGGGCGCUACCUCCGCCUCACCCCAUCAUGUUGAAGACUUGUUUUGUGACGUACCUCACCACUCACCAUCGCUCAUCCCGCAACACCGUGCCAACUGUGACUCAAACUGUUCGUGUAGGGAGAGAACAGACAAGCCGACCGGCAAACAUUGCUCCAGAUACUUUUCGCACAAAACCUCGUCGGCACCACGUCUGCGUGAUGCUCGGGCAAUAGCCUGGUGUCGCGAGUUGCCGGGACGUAGAAACCCUUCUCACGAUUUCACGGCACUGUGACUGUGAAAUGGACGAACAACCUUCUUUUUUUACAGCGGAGCUGUUAAGGGUUAGUUUCCCCGGUACCGUGUCCGUCAGCAAACAAAUGAUGACACAAAACUUCUGGACAGCUACCGCCAUCUAUAAACGACGGCGGCAACCAGACGAUCGGCUUGCCGGUUGUCUGGUUGCCGCUAUCGCUCAUAGAUGGCGCAACCUUUCCAGCCUUUCCACUCUGGCUUGCCGACCUGCGGCCGGCCAAUACUUCAUUCCCACCAUAGUACAGCUUCGCUGGUCUUCCUUUAUCACCAGAGUGGAAGGGCUGAAAGUAUUUUUUAGACAGAGAUGACUCCGGUCACAAGACAUCUGCAGAGUUUUUACCUCCACCAAAAGCUUGCGUGUAAAGGGAAAACAAAUGUUUAUGUAAUAUAUUUUAAAAUAGGCCGCAGCAAGCUUAAGCUCCAAUACAUUUUUUAUGGCAUUUUUAUAGAUUAAAAAUCUACGCUUGUUACCUA